UUAGCAAACAAAUCCCGACGUGACUCGCCGAUUUCAAUUUUACGAGUUCAUAAGUUAUAUUCUGUGAUUACAAUUGUCAUUUUCUCACAAUGCAGGGACCACCCGGUUUAGGUUUUGAUGAUAUUCCAUCUGGAGUGUGGAAGAUCGCCAUUCUCAUAGGAGUACUCGUAUUUAUAAAGGUAUAUUUCAAAGGGGCUGUUACUUACAGUCAUGCUCUUGCCAAAGGGAAGACGUUUAUUCUCACAGGGGGAAACCAGGGUAUUGGCAUGGAGUUAGCAAAGGAGAUUGCAAGUAGAGGUGGAAGAAUAAUUUUAGCCUGCAGAAAUCUAGAAUCAGCAAAGGAAGCUGCUGAUGAAAUUAAAAAGGCAGCAAGAAAUAAAGAAGUGUAUGUGAAGCACCUUGACCUAGCAUCACUGGACUCUGUUCACAAAUUUUCAGAAGAAAUCCACAAAGAAGAAGAAAAAAUUGAUGUCUUAAUCAACAAUGCAGGAGUUAUGAUGAAUCCAGAGCUAAGCAAGACUAAAGAUGGGUUUGAGGAGCAAUGGCAGGUGAACUACCUCAGUCACUUUCUACUUACGCAUCUUCUGCUGGAUCUCUUGAAGGCAGCUGAUAGAGGGCGCAUAGUAAACGUGAGUUGCCGGGCACAUGGAGCCGGUGAAAUGAUGUUCAACAAUCUGAAUGGGGAGCAGGAAUAUGAGCCUCGCCGUCUCUACUCUCAGAGCAAGCUUGCUCAGGUCUUAUUCACCAGACAGAUGGCUAAGACACUUGAAGGCACUAACGUGACUGUGAAUGCAGCACACCCUGGUGUAUGUAAUACAAAUCUGCUCAAACACAUGCCUCUGCACAGUAAUAAAUUCCUGAUGAUAACCACAGCUCCAAUUGUCUUCAUGCUCAUGAAGUCUGCUAAAGAUGGAAUGAACACACCUCUCACCUGUGCAAUUGCAGAUGAGAUCUCUGGUGUGUCGGGCAAAUAUUUCAGUGAGUGCAUGGAAGCCGAACCAAGCAAGAAUGCUCUUGAUGAUGAUGUCGCUAGCAGGUUGUGGGAUGUAAGCAUGAAGAUGGUCGGGCUUGGCAAAGGGGAGUGAAAAGCAUCUGAUUAUCAUUAAUUACUUCAUAUAAAUCAUGUAUGUUUGAAAGGUCCACAUGUUAUAAUUCAUUUUGUUAUUAGUAAAAAAAAUACUCAUACAAUCGCAUUAGCUUUGGCUCCACCUUUGUUAUCUUGUGAUCAGAAAUGGGAUUCGUGGUCAUGUUAGAAAAAAUAAUGACCUUAAAGAUGUCAUAUAUCGAUGCAGUUGAAAUUGUGUAUUUUGUAGGUUUUCAGUAGGUUGAAGAUGAAAACAUCAUGUGACUGAUAUGAGUCUAUAUUAUUUGAGUGAGCAAAUGUUACCAGUGUAUGUGAAGAGCACGUGGUAGAAUAAUGUGCUUGCAUAUAUAGAAGUAUGUUUGUAAGAAAAUGAGUGUACUAAUUGCUUUCAAUCAAGCCUGAAAAUGAAAAUGAAUGAGCUAAAUGUAAAUUAUAAUUAUUCUAACAUUCUCGAAGAAUUCCAAAACACAGGUGACAAUAUUCUUCAAAUAAGUAUUGAUUUAGAACUUACUCUUGUUGCUUGUUAUUAGCAUUUUUUGCCCAUUGCCUACCAACGUUUUUAAUACUUGGAAAUGCUAGCCAAAUUUAGGCUACAGCCAUGACAGUAAUGUCAGUUCAGUUAGUUCCCAUUUAUAUACUUUGAGAUGCCAGUUAAAACGAGUUUUCAGUAUUUAUCAUUCAACUAUUGUGAAAUGUCUCGGGCACGUAUCCUUUUAUACAUUUUAUAUCCAGAGUACAUUAUAGAUCAUUUAAAAAAGAGAUCUUAGUUUUUUUGAAGAUGACAACUUAUCGUCAUGUUGCAUGCAGUAACUGUAGAACAUUUACAGUGGAAUAUCGUGUUUACUUGUAAUGUGUGAUCAUAGCUUAGUUACGUUAAAAACAGUAAAGCCAGCUGAUCAUAUUUGUUAACAAUUUAUUAAUUGAAUUAGAAAGAUUGUGAACCACUGGCACUAAAUUACAAUAUUCAAAUGCCGGUGGUUUUUCAGGCAGGAAUAUCAAGCUGGUGUAAUUUUUUUAUAUUUAAAACGUGAACCAGUUCGUUUAUAAAGCAAGGCUUAAUUAUAUAUGUGGCUCCUGUUUCUUGCUUCUGUGUAAUAUACAUUAAGGUAGCACAUGUGUAAAACGUUGUUUAACAUCUUCCCACAUUUCAUGUCCACUUUAUAGAGAAAAGAAGCUAGCUAAUGUUUGAAAAUAUGUGAAUGAAAAUCAACCAGGUGUUUAGCGUAGAAAAUAACCCAUGUAUUGUACCAUUGCAGGAUUAUUGUUUUUUCACGUCACACGUAAAUAGUGUUUAUUGUAUUUGUUGUACGUUUAUAAUGGGUUAAAGUAUUAAAAUAGAUGGACGUGAUAAUAUGACGCGUAGCCCAUGUUUAGACAUUGUGUAGUAUAACAUAGCAACGAGGUUCAGCUGUGUUGUUUCAUAAAGAGCUAAUAAUACCUAUUAGUAUACAUAUUAGGUAGUAUUAGCUCUUGAUUUCACAUAUAUAUAUCUGUAAAAUUCUUGCAUGUCAUUUAUUGUAAAAUGAGAUAUAUUGCAUAUUGUAUACAGAAGGAUAUCAUGUAGCUAUAGUAUCAAUGAUUCAUAAACUUGCACCAACAUUUAAAACUCGA